GCAGCCUGACGGCCUGGGAAGGGAUUGGACAGGGAGGCGUCACGUGACGACACCGCGCCUGCCGGGGUUCCGGGACGUAAGUGCCGUGGAGGCGGGUGAUGUAGCGCGGGUAGGAGCCGAGGCCAGCCUUCCGUCCACCCGUCCGUCUGUCCGUCCAUCCAUCGGGCCCGAGGAGCCUACCUGUGCCAGGAAUGGACGCAGAGGCCACACGCAGCUACUCUCUUGAGCAAGCUCAAGCUUUUUAUUCAUUUCCGUUUCCGCACAUGAUGGCUGAAGCGUCUGACGUGGCAGUGCCACAGCCACAGAGGCCAGAAGAAGCUCCUGCGCCAACUCCUGCCCAGGAACUGGUACCAGAGGCUCCGAAAAGAAGGAAAAGAAAAGCCAGAACAGUAGAACCCAAAGACCCAGUGGAACCCAAGAAACCUGCUGAGUCAAAAAAACCUGGCAAGUCCGCAAAAUCGAAAGAAAAGCAAGAAAAAAUUACAGACACAUUUAAAGUGAAGAGAAAAGUAGACCGUUUCAAUGGUGUUUCUGAAGCUGAGCUUUUGACCAAGACUCUUCCUGAUAUUUUGACCUUCAAUCUGGACAUUGUGAUUAUUGGCAUUAACCCAGGACUGAUGGCUGCUUACAAAGGGCAUCAUUACCCUGGACCUGGAAACCAUUUUUGGAAAUGUCUGUUCAUGUCAGGGCUGAGUGAGGUCCAGCUGAAUCAUAUGGAUGAUCACACCUUGCCUGGGAAGUACGGCAUUGGAUUUACCAACAUGGUGGAAAGGACAACACCGGGCAGCAAGGAUCUUUCUAGUAAAGAAUUUCGGGAAGGAGGACGUAUUCUAGUACAGAAGUUGCAAAAAUAUCAGCCUCGAAUAGCAGUGUUCAAUGGAAAAUGUAUUUAUGAAAUUUUCAGUAAAGAAGUUUUUGGAGUAAAAGUUAAGAACUUGGAAUUUGGGCUUCAACCCCAUAAGAUCCCGGACACAGAAACUCUCUGCUAUGUUAUGCCGUCGUCCAGUGCACGAUGUGCUCAGUUUCCCAGGGCGCAGGACAAAGUUCACUACUACAUUAAGCUGAAAGACUUGAGGGAUCAGCUGAAAGGCAUUGAGCGAAACACAGAUGUUCAGGAGGUGCAAUAUACAUUUGACCUACAGCUUGCCCAAGAGGAUGCAAAGAAGAUGGCUGUUAAGGAAGAGAAGUACGAUCCGGGCUAUGAAGCAGCGUACGGCGGUGCUUAUGGUGAAAACCCAUGCAGUACUGAGCCUUGUAGCUUCUCAAACGGGCUAGCACCCACCAGUUCAGAGUCAAGAGGAGAAUCCGCUCUCAAUGACAUUCCAAAUGGGCAGUGGAUGACACAGCCAUUCACAGACCAGAUUCCUUCCUUUAAUAACUGUGGGGCGCAGGAGCAAGAAGAAGGAAGCUGCAUUUAAGGACGGUGCUUCCCAGCCCCACCACAGUGCUGCAGUUUUAAUGCAGUUGUCAAGACAUAGAACCUCAGUGUGCUAACUGGUAUUUUAGUAUUGACAGUACUUUAAUGGUGUAACUAUAGUACAGAACAGUUGUAUGGUAGAAUCAACUGUCUGAGUCUAAGUAGUUUGGAAGAAAAAAGUAGGGGUUUUGUAUAUGAGCUUUUGUAUUUGAAUUAACUAUCAUUCCAGCUUUUCAUAUGCUACAUUUCAUUUAUGAAGAAACUGAUUUUCUUUGAGGAAUUACUUUGAUCUGUAAUUUUUUUUUUUUUUUUUUGAGACAGGGUCUCCCUGUAGCCCCAGCUGUCCUGGAACUUGCUAUGUAGACCAGGCUGGCCUUGAACUCACAAAGAUCCACCUGCCUCUGCCUCCCAAGUGCUGGGAUUAAAGGCGUGUGCCCGGCUGAUCUGUAAUUUUUAAGGGCAACAGUCUGAAUAUUUGCAGUUGAGUCUCCACUGUGCAUAUCUCCAGAUAUCCCUUUUAAUGCCCAAGAAGGGUAUGCCAAGAGUCUCACUGGUAGAGAGGCAGAUGGGCUGAUUCUAUCUACAAAGCCGACUAAUCUCAGUGGAGUCUGGUUUUUUUUGGUGACCGAGGGUAAACUCGGGGCUCCCUGAGUUGUAGUCGCACUCAGCCUCUUUACUUUCCCAGUGGUGUGUGUGAGAGUUGCUUAGUUAUCAGAUGCCCCGAGUAUAGCCUUCCCUGCACGGCCUUGAGCCCUGCCUUUGGUCUCCUACACCUUUGUUAAUCUUCUAGCAGGCAGAAACUGUUCUGCUGAGCUGGUGGGUUCCUGAGACUGCAGUAGACCUACAGCUGUCACUCAUCUGUGGUUUACUCGAUGGGAAAGGACCUGCAUUUCCCUAUCAGUGGUUAUCACUUUCUAUUUUUAUCCUCCUUGGCUAUAAGGUUGUGGCAUGGAAAGUUCUAAGAAAUGAACUUUCAGUGUGAGCAACAAGAUGCUGGAGUGUUUAAUAACAUUUAAACUGGUGCUGCAUGUACAUGAGAUGUACUAAAAUAAUGCAAAACUUUUCUUGCUAGGUAAAGUUAAUUUAAAAACUUCUUUCUGUGCAUCAUUGCUGUUGCCAU